AAAGCGGAAAGGAGGGGAGAAGUUUGGCAUCGGCGCGCUUCACUGUGCGUCUUUACGCCUGAUGCUCUGAGAAGAACAGACUUGGGUUCACUGCGCGUGCACGCCCACAUCCUCAUGUCGGUUGUAGCCUACUUUCUGUAGGUUGAUAAAAGUUUACUAGGAGGGCGGACAGCAGAGAAGAUGAUAUCUGACCAAGAUGAGUCGGAAAGGUGAACUUAAAUGACCAAGAGUGCACGUCAAUCACCUGCCAUAAAUCUGGGAGAAAUGGGCAUGCUUGGUGUGGACCUCCUGGUAACUUUGCAGAUCUUGCCAGGUUUCUUCUCCAACUGCCUGUUUUUCGUGCUCUAUGACUCGAUAGUGCUGGUGAAGCGUGUGGUGUCACUCCUGAGCUGCUCGGGCUCGACGGGUGAGUGGCAGCGCAUGUUAACCACAGCCGGUGUGCGCUCCAUAUGGAACAGCUUUCUGCUGGACGCCUACAAGCAGGUGAAGCUGGGGGAGAUGGCUCCAAACUCCAAGGUGUUUAAAGUCCCUGGCAUAAACAGACGGUGGAGCAUCAGCGGUAAGACCCACAACGAGUGUCACCUGCUGGACUUCGAGUCUCCCAACCGCCCACUAGUGGUUAACUUUGGCUCAGCCACUUGACCCCCAUUUAUAAGCCAGCUGCCGGUGUUCCGGCGGAUGGUGGAGGAUUUUUCGAAUGUGGCGGAUUUCCUGCUCGUCUACAUCGAUGAGGCUCACCCCUCUGACGGAUGGGCAGCUCCUCCCAUGGAGCCCUAUUCGUUUGAAGUGAGGAAGCACCGUAAUCUGGAGGAGAGGAUGUUGGCGGGCCGCAAACUUCUGGAGCAUUUCUCCUUGCCCCCUCAGUGCCAAUUGGUGGCCGAUUGCAUGGACAAUAAUGCAAAUGUAGCCUACGGUGUGUCUUAUGAGAGGGUCUGCAUCGUACAGAAGAAUAAAAUCGCUUAUCUUGGGGGUAAGGGUCCCUUUUUCUACAACCUUAAAGAUGUGCGGCAUUGGCUCGAAAAGAGCUACGGGAAGCGAUAAUUUCUCGAAAAAAGAGGUCAAAUAGCAUUGUCUGUGAAUGGUAGAAGAAUUUAUUUUUGUACAAUUGAGAGAAAAGUAGAGCAAGGUGCUUUCAGAAACUGUUUAAAGGACGCUCCGGGGGAGACUCUUGGGCUGUGUUCCAAGUCCAUUUUUUUAAUUAUUUAAAAUGAUCAGUAGGUGUCCUGGGUGGAGGUUUGACAUUCCUAACCACUUUAAAAUGAAUAUAGACACUAAAUACUGACAUGUGGUUUGCACUUCAAUUUUGAGAUUACACUUUGUUGCCAGCACAAUUUUUUAGAUGCACUAUUAAUAACUUGUGAUUAAUGUAGAGUUACAGUGUGCAAUAAUUAAUGCAACAUAACCUAUAUUGCUUAAGAAAGAAAAACCAAAUUGCUGAACAGAAGAGAAAGCACAAGUACCCAGCUUUUAUAUGAAAAGAAUAAUUUAUUUUUAUUUACAUUCAAUGUUUGUUAUUUUUAGCAUGUUGCCUGUUUAUGCGCUUGUAACGCUUUCCAUUCCCCUUUCUCUUGAACUGACAAUCAUUCAUAUUCCAUUGUAAAUGUACUUGUAUCAUCAGCCAAUACAUCCUGAUGGCUGUUCAGUCCAUUUGCACCAACAAUGUGUCAAUAAUGCAUGCAUCAAAGUACAAUAUUUUUUACCCAGCUUGGUUAGUGCACUAAUGAUAGAAAUUUGGUCCAUAUUAUGGAUAACAAAACAAACAACAAUUUGUUGAUUUUAGUAUUGGCACAUGACGCAUCGGUGGCCUUGCGUUAUCACAGUAGUCUCGGCCACUGGGCUUAAGUCGGACACGUUGCAGUGUACUGGAAAGCUGAUGAAAAGUUAAGUGGGUGUUUUACUCCUGAAUGUUUGAAUAGAACUAACUCUAACAGAUCUGCUGUCAUUCAUUUGUGUCAAUACAGAGUUGAUGUGCACAUGAAAAUCACAGAUGAAAUGGUCCCAUGUCCUGUCUGUGGUUGGAUAACAGACCACACCUCUCUCUGUUCUGAUCCAAAUGAACAUGACUGCAAACAUACUGAAAUGAUCACUUGGAAUCUGUAAAUGCUUUGAGUUAUGUUUCACUCAACUGUUUUCAUGUAGUACAACCAUUCCUUUUUCUUUUAAUAAGUAAAAGCAAUGAAAAAAUAAAGUGUACUGCU